AUGAUUCUUACACGCAAUUCGAUUAUUAUACAAUCCAAAUCGACACCGUAUAUUGUACGCCAUGCAAUUCUUUUAUCUGCUAAACAUCACAAUGAAUAUUGCUGGCAAAAGCAACGAAUUGGACAGCGAGCAAUUGUAGGACCAUCAAGCGGUGGAUAUCAUUUCGUUGACUCAACAGAUCGUCCAUAUCCACCGUUGAGAUUUCGAGCCGAUGAUGAAAUUAUCAAACCGAUUCGUGAAAAGGAAAAGGGUGACUGGAAUAAGUUAACAAUGGAAGAAAAAAAACUGUUGUAUAGAUAUUCAUUUCGGCGAACACAAGCCGAGUUGUUGGGAUGGAAUGUCUACUGGAAAAUGUACUGGGCCUAUGCAUUGAUCUGGAUAUCAAUUGGUCUCGGAGUAGUAGGACUGCUUAAACAUUUCAGUUAUCCUCCCCAGAUACCCACGUUGAGCGAUGAAUGGAAGCAUGCAGCAAUGCGAAAGAUACUAAUACUGGAGAAACCGCUCCCUGAAGGAGCAGCAACGUUAUACGAUUUCGAAAAGGACCGUUGGAAGGAUUGA